AUUAAAAAACGUCAAAAAACUCACAUUUUCUAUAUGGAAGAAAAACACUAGAUUUUUCCCAUAAAAUUAGCUUUUUUCAUUAUUUCUACUACCUCGCAUAUUUCAAAAUACACUUAUUCGAUUCAGUUUUCCACGUUGCAUCUAUUGAAUAUAUUUCGAAACAUGUGAGGUAGUAGAAAUAAUGAAAAAAGCUAAUUUUAUGGGAAAAAUCUAGUGUUUUUCUUCCAUAUAGAAAAUGUGAGUUUUUUGACGUUUUUUAAUGCAUGCAAUUUCUCGAAAUUUCUUAAGUUCAACAUUACAAAGUUUACAAAACCCUUACUAUUUAGUACCAGUAAAUCUCAUUUUUGACGAGCUUUCAUUUGGUAUAAAAUUCAUUAUAUACUCCUGGAAUAAUAUUAUGUCCUAUGGCGGAGCACGCCCAUAUAUAUAUAUUUUUUUUCUCAAGAAUAAAAAUAAAAUCUAUUUGUAGGUUCUUUGGCGUAGUUUAUAUUUACGUUUUUACGAAAAUCAAAGACCUCAACAUGAAGCUUGGGAUGAAUAUUUAAUUAUUAAAGAAAAAGAAAUACAACUUCGUUCAUAUGUCAAUAAAUUAAGACAAGAAUUACUUGAACUUGAACGAAAAUGUACGGAAAAAAAUAGCAAUAUGAUUAAGAUAGAAAAAGAUACAGUCACAACAACUUAA